AUCUCUCUGUCACUUACUGCCUCACUACAGGGUGCUGGCUGUUCCAGCAGGGCAGCACACCAGUGAGUGUCCACAAGUUCCUUGGGGGAUAUCAGUGUUCAGGACAAAGCUUGAAGGGAGAGAGACCCCAGGGAGACCCAGUUCUGGUCUCCUGCCUAUGACAGAUCAGAAUCAUCUUAACUGUCCUGGAUGAAGAAGCCAUAUCAAAUGGAUCAUGGGGACCAUAUGGACAUCACUUGCACUGUAUAGAUCGCAUAAGACUAAUUUAGGCCCUAUGGACUUUUACCAUAGGGCAUCACACUGAUUGUCCAGGACACACAAGAACCCCAAGGAGAUCACAUUGAGGCUACUUGAACUGCAGUCCACAGGCUGUAUGAAGACCAUAAAGACCUGGAAACCACUUGGAACAUGUGAAGAAGUAACUUGUACGGCAUGCUGCUUUAGGGGGAGUGUAGGACAAACUUCAGGGGACACCUCUCAAAGGAAACCUUCUCAGCUCUUCCUUCUGUCCCCUUGCUCCUGACCACAAUGGUGUGCAGAAACCCAAGCUGUGGGACAGAAGGUGGAUUGUGGCAACGAGGUCAUAGCAGGACCCACAAGAAGCCGCCCAGCUGCUCAGUGCCUCCAGUCAAAGCCUUCCUCUGAAGAAGCCCUGCUGGGUCAAGUACAGAGAGCGCCAAGAGGAAUACGAUGCUGCCUGUGACCCAUGUGUUGGCCUUCUGUGCUUGGCUGGUGGCAGAGAGCAAGGCUACACCAAGUGCCCCCAGAAUCUCCAUCUUCCUGAAGCCACCUGGGGUGAUCCCACCAGGAGGCUUCACCACCAUCUGCUGCAGCUGCCAGCAUGGCAAUGGGAAAUUCAUACUGUACAAGGAUGGCUACAAGCUCCGUACCCUGGAGCAGAGUGGCUGCAGGGCCAAGUUUUCCAUCUCUAAUGCCACCUAUAGGGACAAAGGUACCUACAACUGCCAUUACCUGGAGGGAGGCACUGUGCUGGCUCGCAGCGAUGGCCUGGAUGUCAUGGUGGCAGGGAUCCGUCUCCCUGGACCUGACUUCUCUGUCCUGCCUGGACAUGAGGUGACUGCAGAAACUGAUGUGAUAUUCCGUUGCACCACCACAUACCACAGUACUGGCUGUUUCCUGUACCUGGAGGGCCAGAUCCGAGCCCAAGUACUCUCAAGGGAGCAAGAUGACUACAACUUCUCCCAUGUGCAGAAAGGUGAGGGGGGCCGCUACAGCUGCCAAUGUUUCACCAAGAAUGCUUCGAUAGAAUGGUCUGCUGUCAGCAAGACCCUGGAUUUGGUGGUGAGAGAUUACACGUUGUGCAACACAGUGCGCCUGGCGCUGGGAGCCGGGCUGCUGGUCCUGCUGGGGCUCAUCACGGCUGAAGCCACGCGAAGCCGCUGCUGCCGGAGCGGGAGUGCCCACCCUCUCUCCCCGCAGGCAGCUCUCCUCUGAUUGCGGCCAGUGCGGGGGCACCGGGAUUCCCUUCCUGCGCCUCGCGGUGGGAUAAAUAAACCGUUCCUGUCGCUAUCUC